CGGGCCAACAGCCUUCUGCGCAAGCGCCUUUUGGAGCUUCGAGCGAGCCACGUGCUACGUCGCCUUCUGCCAUGGAGUCGCAGGCAACCUUUGACCAGGUUGUCCGGAAGAGCCUGCAUCGGGGCCCAACCGAGGAAGCAGAGCACAACGAGCACUUGGAGGAGACCUUGCAAACCAUCAAGAGCCUGCGCUACAGGAGCUACACCCGGAAACCCUGGAUGGAUGAGCAGGGUCGAGUGACGUGGUCCAUCGCACGGAUCCGCGUGGCGCAAGUGGUGAUCUCGCAAAGCUUUGAGACCUGUAUGGGUCUAAUAAUCCUCACCAACCUUGGCCUCAUCAUCUAUGAGGCUGACCAGGAUGCCAAAUGCUAUCCAGCCUACUCAGACAACUACAACGCUUGCCCGGAACGCAGUGACAAUAUCUCCUGGCUGUCAAACGUGAACCUUUCACUGCUGGUCGUCUACUCCAUAGAGUGCCUGGCGCGCUGGUUCGUGGAGCGGGGCGGCUUCUUCUGCAACCGCUGGAAUCAGAUAGACCUCACUACCGUGAUCUUGGGCUGGAUCAGCGCCAUGCUUACAGGAAUGAUGACUCUGAGUUUCCUUCGGCUCUGCCGGGUGGUUCGGAUCCUGCGAGCGGCCAGGGUGCUCAUCUCAAUCCCUGAGUUUUACCUACUGAUCACUGGACUCUACUCCUCUGUGAAGGCCAUCAUUUUUGGCUCCUUCAUGCUGGCCACGGUGAUCCUUUUUUGGGCCAUCAUCGUGGUUCAGCUGCUACACCCCGUCAACGCCAGCCUCAACUAUGACAACUGCGAGGACUGUGCAGAGGGCUAUUCAAGUGUGUGGGCCGCAGCCGUCACGCUUUUUCAACAGAUCGUAGCCGGAGAUUCCUGGGGCGCAAUUUCUGUGCCGGUGGUUCAAGCUGCUCCUUGGACCGCGCCGCUGCUCUUUUUCAUUCUGAUCACCAUCUCUCUGGGCGUUAUGAAUUUAAUCCUGGCCGUAAUUGUGGAAAGAGCCGCGGAGGCGCACGACAACGACCAGGAUCAGAAGAUCAAGCAGAAAGAAGAGGAGCGCUCUCGUAGCAUGCUGGAGCUGGCGAAGCAAUGCAGCAGCAUGGAUGACAACGAGAACGGGGCCCUUUCUUUGGAAGAGAUGCUGAAGGGCUAUGACAAGGUGGAGUCAUUCAAGACUUUGAUGAGGCACAUGGACAUUCGGCGAGAGGAUAUGAAGACAAUUUUCCAAGUCCUGGAUAAAGACAACGCCGGGGAGGUCUCACACUUCCAGUUUUGCCAGCACGUGGGCAGCUUUUCCAAGAGGGAUCCGGUGAUCAUGCACUCCAUCGUCAAGUACACGGUGCUCGAACUGCGGAAGUUAAUCGAGCAGGAGGUGUUAGGCACUCUGCAGCAGCACACACAGAUGCUGCAGGAGCAGCGAGAGCUUUUGAAUCCUAAGCCCUGCCUGGCAAAGGCGAGUGAGGCGCCCUUCCCCGGCUCGCUGCUGCGGUCGCUGGAGUGCUCCUUCCAAGCCCUGGAGCUGCAGAUGAAGCCUUUGUUGGAGCGGAGCGAGGCGGAGCUCAAGGGCGUCCAAGAGAUGAGAAAGGAGCUGCCCGGCCAUGACUCGGACACCCCGAAGCCCGUGUCCAAGCUGCCCCCGAAGGACCGGAACGAGAGCGACUUCAGCGGGCAAAGGCUGGAUACCCAUUUCGCGAAGAUGUGCGAAGACUUCCAAAAGCGCCUGGCAGAGGUGGAGGAAUUGCAGCGGAGGUGUCGAAGUAUGGUGGACUGUUUGACCAGACUCCGAGACGAGGAGGUGAUUUUGUGCAGUGAAGCGGUGUGACAAUCUCCAGAAAUACGAGGACAUGUUCCGAGCCCAUCCAAAACCUAUUUGUUUCUUGAAAAGCAAUGCCGCCAAGCUCGCUCGUUUGGAUAUGUGCGCUGGGCCCGGAAGAGCAAACA